AUGGAUAGCUCACACGCGCAUCGUAGACAAAGACACAAGCUCACCAUAAAAUCAUCCAGAUCGACACUACAAGACCUGUCGCCCUCACAGUGGCUAGGGCUGGCCCCUGACCAACGUUCAAGGAGACUACUCCUACAGUCAUGUCUUCGGCGCCUCGACCACCUCUACGAGUUAGAGCGUCGCGUGCACGAGGAAAUCCAUUUCCUUGACAAUUACCACUCAGAUGCCACGAUGGAGAUUUUAGGCGGAUGUGAUAGCGCCGUCGACUCCCAAGCUGGACUCGAUGGCCUCAAUGCUAUUCCACCGUUUGUAUCUUCGCAUGACCGUUACUUCGUGUCACAGCCUGCACCCCAUGGAACGUUUAGGGUCAUGGGAUCGCUGUCGGAGGGUACAGGUUCUCCUCAAGGGUUAUUGGCCCACAGCGCCCGUAGUUCUGCCGACUAUGUAACUCAGGUUCAGCACAAUAUGCACUCUGAGGUUUUUCCGGCAUUAUGUGAUCCGCGUGUCACGGAAUCGUCAUCGGCGGGUGUGGAUGCUCGCUUCGGUGAAUUCGCUAUCAUUUGCAGCUUUUCCUUGAAACGCUUACAACGUAUCACUAGAAUUGUCGCUCCGUGGCACGUCCAAUGA